GUCCAGCCUAUGGUCACGUGUUCGUCGGCCAAUCAAGACCAGUUUCGCCGCUGGUCCGUUCCGCGAAUUGCUCUACGCUCAUCGCUUCUUAAAAUAAGUCCUUUCGGUCUUCAUUUUGGUCCCGUUUGUUGCGAGGCGAGGUCGUGAUCGAACGUUUCGGCCAUCGAAGCUGGCGUUGGAAACUAAAGGUGCACGUGGACGGUGUUGUGAUGACCUUGAAACUUUUCAAGAAUUCGUCUAGUGUGACCGGGUAUUAUGCGUGAGCAUGUCAUAGCUGGGUUGUUGGUUGUUAACUACUAAUGAAGUUUAUUUUGAAGCUUAAACUGAAUGGCACUCCAGUUUCUCUGUCAUAACAUGCUUGCGCAGUGUAGUUGAUAAUCCCAUCGACAAUGCCAGAGGGAUGCGCGAUGAAAGCAUUAAUAUAAGUGAUGUCAUUGAAGUUAUCGAAACCGACCCGGACUUCAAAGAGUCCACGAUGUUCAACGGUGGCGGCGAAAUCCCUCAACCAGUCAUCCAACAACAACAGCAAGCGCACCAGAGCCGACGCAGGGCCUACGUAAAAAUCGUCGAACAGCCGGCAUCCAAAGCCCUCAGGUUCCGGUAUGAGUGUGAAGGACGCUCCGCUGGUUCCAUCCCCGGCGCUUCCAGUACCCCCGAAAACAAGACUUUUCCCUCGAUUCAAGUCGUGGGGUACCAGGGAAGGGCAGUGGUGGUCGUUUCAUGUGUAACGAAGGACGAACCCUACAGACCGCACCCCCACAACUUGGUGGGUCGAGAGGGCUGCAAGAAGGGAGUGUGUACCAUGGAGAUCUCGUCGGAGACCAUGUGUGUGACGUUCUCGAAUUUGGGGAUCCAGUGUGUGAAGAAGAAAGACAUUGAGAGUGCGUUGAGGCUUAGAGAGGAAAUUAAAGUGGACCCGUUUAUGACUGGCUUCAGUCACCGGAAUCAGCCCACCUCCAUCGACCUAAACGCUGUGCGCUUGUGUUUCCAAGUAUUCCUAGAGGGCGAACGCCGGGGUAAAUUCACCGUCCCUUUGACUCCCGUAGUCAGCGAGCCCAUUUAUGACAAAAAAGCGAUGUCGGAUCUCCUCAUUGUUAAACUAUCGCAUUGCAAUAGCUACGUGGACGGCGGAAGAAACGAGAUCAUCCUUCUCUGCGAGAAAGUCGCCAAGGAGGACAUACAAGUGCGGUUUUUCGAAGAGAAAAACGGAAAAGUCGUUUGGGAGGGCUUCGGCGACUUUCAACCCUCUCAGGUGCACAAGCAAACGGCGAUUUGUUUCAAGGCACCUCGCUACCACACUUUAGAUAUCACCGAACCCGUCAAAGUCUUCAUCCAGUUGAGAAGACCGUCAGAUGGAGCCACGAGUGAAGCGCAUCCCUUCGAAUUUUUGCCAUUAGAUUCAGGUAGGCCUCUAUAUUGGUCGUUUAGGAGAAAUUACGCGAAAAAAGGCAACUAUAACCUGUUUAGUACGUUAUUGGCGAGUGACGCUAAACUGUCGAAACAAGGACAGAUGGAACGCGAGAAAAAAUCAGAAGAAUUGACUGAGAAAGCAACGAGCGUGGAUACGGCAGAAACUAAUAAUAACGAUAUAUACGCGGAGAAUUACUCAAAAGUGCAGAAAGAACCAACCAAAGAGAAGUCUUUCAAUGAGUUGAUUAACCAAGUGGCCGAACUCGAUGAGAUAUACUCCGAGACGCAAGCACGUCUGCUCAAUGAAGCUCUGAGGGAUAUUGGUAAACCUCAGUACGAAGAGUCGUUCGACGACGGCAAAACCUACUCGAGCUUACAACUAGCCUUUAAAAACCCCAUCGACAUCGUCGAUGAUGAACCAGAAGAAAUCAUCGAACCGCAGAGUCCGAUUGUAGACGUAAGCGUCGCAAAUGUGGCACCUCCCAGCCCGAUCCUAGACGCAGCUGACCGAACUAUUGCAGACGGAAGUCCUCGCAAUAAACGCGAAAGUCCCGAGAAGCCUCCACUACCACCCAAACGUACCAAAAAAAUUGAAACCUACAUCGGGAAUUCAGUACAAGAUUUGAACGAAAAGACCCCUGAGACGCCUCGGGUGUCGGUGAGUCGUUCGCACUCCUUCAGCAUGACGCGACCUAAAUCAGAAGAGUUUGCGCCUCUAACAAAACUACCACCGACUCCCUGUUCCACGCUCCCUAACCCGAAGAAGAAAGGACUUUUCUCCAAGUUGUUCGGUCGUAAAAAUAAAACCCCUGCUGCGUCACGCGAGGCUAGUCUUUCUCCGUCUUUCCGUACCGAGAAUUUGGGUUGCAGUGCUACCAACAUUUCGACCACGUCCGCUACUAGUAUAAGAAUCCCGUUGAAAGAUAGUCCGACGGCUAGCAUAAACGACGGUAAUCAGGAUACUGUAAUGCAAGAUUUGACACUCAAUUUGGAUUUGACUGAAGCUGAACACUACGCUUUGUACACCGCUAUGGCGCCACACGCCACUCAGAGCGAGUUUGACGAAAUGUCGUGCUACUACGCACCGGUCGAAGGCGGGAAGAUUUUGACAAACAGUGAAAUGUUGGCAAGACUGACGUCAAAAACGUGAUCUGUUUUCGUUUAACUCUGUUGUAUCUACUUUUUGUACCUAUUUUGAUAACUGUUGCAUGAUUGAAUUAUUUAUGCAAUCCACUGUAUUGAAACGUUUAUUUAUCUAAGGUUAUUUUUAGAGCCGGGUAUGCUUAAAAGAAAGCGGCAGAAAUACCAUGACCCCACUCAGUUGUUGAGGCAUGUUGAGGAAAGUGAGAAGAGUAAGUUUUU